AUGACGACGGCGACUCCGAGCAGAGACCGCCAUCCAUUCCCCCAGUCUGCCCAUCCCUCUCCAGGCCCCUCUCAGCGCAACCCCAGCGCUCCCUCUCCAUCGCCCUCCGUCGCUCAGUCUUCUCCUCAGCCAAUCACCUCAGAUGCCCUCCUCAAGCAGUUUGCCGCCAGUCCAGAUCCAAAGACCGCCGCCCUCGACCAGGCUGUAGCAGACCGCAAUGUUCUCUCCGCCCAGAAUGCCCAGCUCUGGAAGCUCAUCGAGAAGCAGCGCACUGGCUACAACCAGAUCCUCAAGGAGCUCGAGCGCAUCAGGGCUGAGCGCGACACCUACAAGGUCAGGCUAAUCUCUCUUACAGGAACUGCUUCUUCCUCCAGCGACAAGCGUACAAAGUCUACCUCUGAAAGGGAUCGUCCACGCCCCAGUCUCGACGCUGCACCCACACAGGCUCAGAGUGCCUCCAAGGGUGCAGCCCCACGACACAACUCGGAAGAUUCUGCAAACCGAGCGAUUGCCCAUCCGCAUGCUCUGCAGCCCUCACGUUCCUUCGAUCCCACCCGCCAAAAUACCACCGACAUCGAGACACAUCCUAUCCUUACAUCUACACGCACAAGCAGUCCCCAGCCAGGCCCUCCACCCUCUUCUGCACCUUCUCUUACCACCCGCCAGCAUUCAAGGCCCAACCCAUCGCCCCUAGUCGUCCCUACACGUGCAGACACCCUCCCCGCGUCCUACACCGUCUCAGACUCGCCAGACUCUUCUACCUCUCAGCGUCUGCCCAAUCCGUACGAUAGCGCUACAGCAGCAACUCCCACCGCCAAUGGCAGCAGCUCCUACCCCCAGAUACGCCCCCUCGUUCCGCCCCGCAAGUCCAGCAUCGCAGACAGCAUCAGCAGCGUCGUCACCUCGGGCAGCAGUGCCCCCUCCGUAGCAGCUUCCAUUGCCGCAUCGUCUCCGUCUACAUCUAUCCUAUCCAAUCUCAACAAUUCGUAUACAUCAGCAGCCGAGCGUGAUCCUACUACACCUUCACAGCAGCAAUAUUCUUCUAACAGCACUUCCGUAUCAGUCUCCGCCCCAGCCAACGGCGAGAGUGCCUUUUCGCGCCAGCGUCAGCAGCCCGGGAACCCGACUCCCCAGCCACCAGCCGCCCAGGCUGCCACCAACAUGCUUUCUCCUGAACCGCGCCCGCACUUCCUCUCGCGAGACUCGCGCAUCUCGCUACCCGAUGAGGCGCGCCAGUACAUUGCCAGCAUGUCCGAUUCGCCCGCCGCGAGCCCCCGCGCGGAGGCUUUUUCACCACGCUCCAAGUUGUCCAAUUCGGUAUUUCCCCCGAGCAACAGCCAGAAUCCGGGUGAGAGUGAAUUUUUGGAUAUGGAUGAGGAAGAUGACGAUGAUGAUGACGGCAACGAAGAUGAUGAAGAUAGGAGAUUGGGCGAAGAGGACGAGGAUGAUGACGGACAGGGCGAUAUUACAGCUGGCGCUCACGAUCCUACAUUCAAUGGUCUUAGGGCGGCAGCACCCCCAACAACAAUUAACAAGUCCAACAAUACCGAUCUCUCCCAAGCCGGAUAUCAAUACCCUCCCACAAACUACAAUAACAACCACAAUAACACACAUACCAACAACAAUUAUCCUCCCUCCCAAACCUCCUACACGACCAGCGAGCUGCAGCAACAACACCAGCAACGGCUCAAGGACCAGCAGCAGCAGCAGUUGCAACAACAGCAGAGGGACAAGCAAUCACGUGCCGGGCCCGGGGGAGAGGAGUUCCAAUUCCCGCUCCCACCGGCGGCGGCACCGCCGACGGCCAACAAUCCCAUCUAUCUCCAGCGCCAGCAGGCGCUCGCUGCACAGCAGGAACUACAAGCACAAGCACAAGCACACGCCCAGUCCCUGGGCUACACUCAACAGCAAAUGGCAGCAACUAUGCAGCAGCAAGCACCGUCGGCCACGCCGAUGUCCGCCAAACACGCACAAGCACCGGCUGAGCAGGUGCAUCAUCCUGGAUCCAUGUCUGGAAACUAUGACAGUCAAAUCCAGAGUGCACAGAUGCAGACGCAGGAUGCAGCCUAUCUAGGCGGGCAAGGGCAGGGGUACCCCACGAAUCGCUCAGAGUCGAGUUUCCAAUCGCAGGGGUCCCAAUCUCAAUCACAAACUCAAUCACAGCAACCACAGCCUGACCGUGAACGAGAGCCGAUCCAAGCCGUACCCACCACUUCGUUCCGCGCUCUCCCAUUGCUCUCCUCCGACCUGCCACAUACCACCAUCACCGUCUCUCACUCCUUUGUGCGCCCGAACGACCGCGGCAAAGAGGUGCUCUCCUUUAUCGUCUUUGUCAACCCGGGUAACGGGAAGGAGGGGUGGAAAGUCGAGAAGAUGUACUCAGACGUGCUCAGUCUCGACUCGCGGGUACGGAACAGUGUCGGAAAAGGUGUAGGCAAGAAGAUUGCGACUUUGCCGGAGGGAAAGCUGUGGAAGGAUCAUGCGCCUGCAAAGGUCGAUCAGCGCAAGGCCGUGCUCGAAAACUACUUGCAGACGCUUAUCCAGCUCCCGGUGAAGAACAACGACGAGGUCAUCGCGUUCUUCACGUCCGACAUCGUGCGUGAGCAGAAGCAGCCCGUCAUGCAGGCCGGGCACAAGGAGGGGUAUCUUACCAAGCGCGGCAAGAAUUUCGGUGGCUGGAAGACGCGCUAUUUCGUCCUCCAAGGCCCCGUACUUGAAUAUUAUGACUGCCGCGGCGGCGCACACCUUGGCUCGAUCAAUAUCGCAGGCGCCCAAAUCGCUCGACAGCACCGCACCGAAAAGCCGCCCUCGACCGACGAUGAAAAAGAGUACCGCCAUGCGUUCCUCAUCGUCGAGAUGAAAAAGGGGCCGGGCGGGAAUCACCCGCGGCACGUGCUCUGCGCGGAGAGCGACGAGGAUCGCGACAGUUGGGUUGAGAUGCUCGUGCGAUACUACACGGGCGUGUACAGCGACGAUCUCGUGUUCAACCCAACCAGCGGGCUCACGUCUGUACAGUCCAACUCGGUCGCGGCGUCGCAGAGCAGCAUGGGCGUUGGGAUGAGCCAGCCGCGAUCGAGCUCGAGCAGCUCAAGCGAUUUGUCGACGACUGCGGUGCAGCAACAGCAGCAGCGGAGCAAUACCGGGGGAAAAGCGAUUCCCAUCUCUGUUCUGCCCCCUGGCUCGGUCCCGAAUCCGGACGACUACAUGAUGCGCUCGUCGAGCCCCUCUCGCUCCGUUGACCCUUCGCCCAUAGACGGACAAGGUCCCUCCUUCGCCGGAAAUGGUGCAAGAGUGCUCGAACGUAGUAAUCUUGGGCUACCAUCCAGUCUCCCAGAUUCAUCUCCGCUGUCCUCUGCCGUGCAAGGCGGUCCCUCGUCCGGGACGUCAUUCCCUGAUGGCUCAUCACAAGCGCAGAUGCAACAGGCGCAGGUUCAACCACAGCGCGCGAAUUCAGAGCUGGGGCACUACCCGGAUCUGCAGGACGCGCGGCACGGUCAGAAGGGCAACCAGCGGCAGCACUCGCCUGAGCAGCACCGCGCCCGCACGAACGACGAUAUGGGCGUCGGCGUUGGCCGCAAGAACUUUUAUCCAUCUUUGACAACCGUCGCACCUUCGCCGACAGCAGCCACGCAUGGGGCGUCGGGUCCGCCGCCCGAUCGCGUUCCGUCUCCUGAGAAGCAGCAGCAGCAACAACAGCAACAACAGCAGACCCAGGAGCGUGACGCGAAUGCUUCAAAAGUCAAGAUCUCAGGGCCCAUGAACGGCGCACCCAUCCCGUCCGGGUUCAAGUUUGGCGGAAAAGAACCAUCAUCAGCCGAUCCUGCCACCGCCGCAUCUGCGAACGACAGACGCGAAAAGACCAAAUCUCGGUUCUGGGGCUUCGGGAAAGUUAACGGUGACAAGUCAAAUCUCCAUACAGCCUAUCCACCGAGAGCCGUGUUCGGGGUGCCUCUCGAAGAGGCCCUGGACGUCGCCCAGAUGUGCAACCUGCCUGCAAUUGUCUUCCGCUCAAUACAAUAUCUGGAAGCCAAGAAGGCAGAUCAGGAGGAGGGCAUAUACAGGCUAAGUGGCAGUUCCGCAGAGAUCAAAAACCUGAAGGACAGGUUCAACAACGAGGGUGAUGUUGACCUCCUUGCGUCAGAUCAGUACUGGGAUCCACACGCGAUCGCCGGGCUUCUCAAGAGCUUCCUGCGCGAGCUGCCGUCCAGCAUCCUCACACGAGACCUCCACCUAAAGUUCCUCGCCGUAAUCGAUUUCGUGGACCCCCAAGAAAGGAUCAAAGAGCUCUCUCAGCUAAUAGCCGCGCUACCUCUCGCCAAUUACAGUUUGCUCCGCGCACUAACAGCCCAUCUCAUCCUGAUCGUACAGAACUCGAACGUCAACAAAAUGACGAUGCGCAACGUGGGUAUCGUGUUUAGUCCGACGUUGGGUAUUCCUGCGGGCGUAUUCAGUUUGAUGCUCGGCGAGUUCAACCGGGUGUUCAACGUGGACGCGGACAACGAUGAUCUCGGGGAGAAGGAAGGCGAAGCGCUGGAUAAUCCGGCGGAGCCUUUGAGACGCAACAGUCGCCAAUACACAGAUGCUGCUGCUGAUCAAGUCCUCGGACUCGCAGGGCGCAGUCUCACCGCCGCAGACGAGGCGCAGUCUGAUGGCGACGACUUUUCCAUCCAAGACGAAAGCGGUACUGAAACCACCGAGGGGGACAACAUCGUGGAGUCUUCGUCGUCGUCUAGCCCUGUCUCGAACGCAGAGAGGGAUCACGGCAUCCGGAUAAGUGAACCUGACACUCCGACAGCUAAAACAUCGAAAGCCUCGAGUACGGCGGCAAGCAGAGGGCUGAAUGUUGCAGUCACGCACUCUGACCGUGGCCACCGACAUUCCCGAAUGAUGGGUCUGCCGUUGUCGCCGCGGCCAGGUGCGACUGCCCACACAUCGCCCUCCCGACAAGAACAACCCGUGAACUCAUCACCGACGCCUGGCUGGCCUAACGAGCAAAUGAGAUGA